GAACAACCACUAAAAGUGAGGGGCACAAAUUGUAAUUAGCUAAGAUCCUAUUCGGAACCGAUGCCUGGCAAAUAUUGAUGUUGCCCUCCUUCCUACGUUGCUUGCUGCUCCCAGAAAAUCCAUCUCUCAGCUUCUACUGCAAAGAUGAAGAAGGAAGACACAGUGAAGCUGAUCAGCGCAGAGGGGUUCGAGUUCGUGAUCCACAAAGACGCCGCCAUGGUCUCUCAGACCAUCCGCAACAUGCUCACUUCUCCAGGGAGUUUUGCUGAAACGGAGCACGGCGAGGUGACGUUCCCGGAGAUCAGCACCCCCAUUCUUGAGAAGAUCUGCAAGUACUUUUACUGGAACCUUCAAUAUGCCAGCGGGAAGCAGACCGAGUUUCCUAUUGAACCUGAAUUGGUUCUGGAGUUAAUGAUGGCAGCCAAUUAUCUCCAUACAUGAUUGCGACAUUUCUCUCUCGGGCAACCAGAUCGAAUUUGACAUUCGCCUCUAGUGAUUGCCGAGGAGGAUGUGCGAGGAUGAUAGUACCCGAGAUUCUGAAAGGGCUUGAAGAGCAUACGAAAUCUGCAUUGGUUUCAAGCUCUGGAAUCUGCAAAUGUAGUGUGUAUAUAUAUAUAUGUGACACUCUGGUAGCCAAAUUCUUGUAGUUAUGAGAUAUUGUAAUAUCAAAAAACGGCAGUGAUUAUUCUCAAUUAGAGAAAACCCGAGUCGAAUAGUUUU